UAGGAGUUCGGAUUCUCCACCCGAGUCGUCCUGAUUUCCCUUUUCCUCUCUUUUGGAAACAAGAGAGGUGGAGGGAGGCAACGAGGCUGCAAAGGAGAGGCCCGCCAGCAGAGUGCUGCUUUGACACAGUCUUAUUAUGGAAGUUAAGUGAAAAAAUAAAUAAAUAACUAACUCCGGACGUGGAGCUGCUGCCGAGGAGAAGACGGGGAAAGCAGACCGGUGGGCAGGCCAAUGGUUUUUCGGCAGCGCGCUGGCAAGUUUGUGGAACACUUUCUAGGAAUUAGGUCUUUUUCCUCCCCCUUCAUCUUCUUGACUUCUGAAGAAAGAACUUGGCUUUGGAUUGUAAUGGAGCCUAAGGACAGAGGGUUAGACACACUUGAAUAAUUUCUCCGACUGGGCAGAAUUUGUGGGAAUUUAGGAAGCCCGAGUGUGAGUGUGGAAAUACAGCAGCCUUUGACGUGCCCUCUGUUAAUUUGGAUGAAUCUACAUGUGCCCCAUUCAAGACCUCUCCGACAACCCCUUCUCAUCCUGCGAUUUGCUCUUCUUGACUUUAAUUAGUGUCUAGGAAAGGCUGAACUUUGGACCUACCUCUUGUUUUGAUACUUAUUUUUGUACGUUUGCUCUCUGGGAUUGGUUUCUUAAACAAUCUGGAUCCUUUUUAAUAUGUCAAAAUGAGUCUGCUGAUGUUUACACAACUACUGCUCUGUGGAUUUUUAUAUGUUCGGGUUGAUGGAUCUCGUCUUCGCCAAGAAGACUUUCCUCCACGGAUUGUGGAGCACCCUUCGGAUGUCAUAGUCUCUAAGGGAGAGCCCACCACUCUGAACUGCAAGGCAGAGGGCCGGCCGACUCCCACCAUUGAGUGGUACAAGGAUGGCGAGCGGGUGGAGACGGACAAGGAUGAUCCCCGUUCCCACAGGAUGCUUCUGCCCAGUGGAUCCUUAUUCUUCCUGCGCAUUGUCCAUGGACGUAGAAGUAAACCGGACGAAGGAAGCUACGUUUGUGUUGCAAGGAACUAUCUUGGGGAAGCAGUGAGUCGAAACGCGUCUCUGGAAGUGGCAUUGUUACGAGAUGACUUCCGGCAAAACCCCACAGAUGUUGUAGUGGCAGCUGGAGAGCCUGCGAUCCUGGAGUGCCAACCUCCCCGGGGACACCCAGAACCAACCAUCUACUGGAAAAAAGACAAAGUUCGAAUUGAUGACAAGGAAGAAAGAAUAAGUAUUCGUGGUGGAAAACUGAUGAUCUCCAACACUAGAAAAAGUGAUGCAGGGAUGUAUACCUGUGUCGGCACCAACAUGGUGGGGGAAAGGGACAGUGACCCCGCAGAGCUGACUGUCUUUGAACGACCCACGUUUCUCAGGAGGCCAAUUAACCAGGUGGUGCUGGAGGAGGAAGCUGUAGAAUUUCGCUGUCAGGUCCAGGGAGACCCUCAACCAACUGUGAGAUGGAAGAAAGAUGAUGCGGACUUGCCAAGAGGAAGGUAUGACAUCAAAGAUGAUUACACACUGAGAAUUAAAAAGGCCAUGAGCACGGACGAAGGCAGCUACAUGUGCAUUGCCGAGAAUCGAGUUGGGAAAGUGGAAGCUGCUGCGACCCUCACAGUCCGAGCUCGCCCCGUUGCUCCUCCUCAGUUUGUGGUUAGGCCAAGAGAUCAGAUUGUUGCUCAAGGUCGAACAGUGACAUUCCCCUGUGAAACUAAAGGAAAUCCACAGCCAGCUGUUUUUUGGCAAAAGGAAGGCAGCCAGAACCUACUUUUUCCAAACCAACCCCAGCAGCCCAACAGUAGAUACUCAGUGUCACCAACUGGAGACCUCACGAUUACCAACAUUCAGCGGUCAGAUGCGGGUUACUACAUCUGCCAGGCCUUAACAGUGGCAGGAAGCAUUUUAGCAAAAGCUCAACUGGAAGUUACUGAUGUUUUGACAGAUAGACCUCCACCCAUAAUUCUACAAGGUCCAGCCAACCAAACACUAGCAGUAGAUGGGACAGCACUGCUGAAAUGCAAAGCCACUGGCGAUCCUCUUCCUGUAAUUAGCUGGUUAAAGGAGGGCUUUACUUUUCUGGGCAGAGAUCCAAGAGCAACUAUACAGGAGCAAGGAACUCUGCAGAUUAAGAAUUUAAGGAUUUCUGAUACUGGCACCUACACUUGUGUGGCUACAAGUUCAAGUGGGGAGACGUCCUGGAGUGCAGUGCUGGAUGUGACAGAGUCUGGAGCAACAAUCAGUAAAAAUUAUGAUUUAAAUGACCUGCCAGGGCCACCAUCCAAACCGCAGGUCACUGAUGUUACUAAGAACAGUGUCACCUUGUCUUGGCAACCAGGUACCCCUGGAACCCUUCCAGCAAGUGCUUAUAUCAUUGAAGCUUUCAGCCAAUCAGUAAGCAAUAGCUGGCAGACGGUGGCAAACCACGUAAAGACCACCCUGUACACUGUGAGAGGACUGCGGCCUAACACCAUCUACUUAUUCAUGGUCAGAGCGAUCAACCCCCAAGGUCUCAGUGACCCGAGCCCUAUGUCGGAUCCUGUGCGCACACAAGAUAUCAGCCCACCAGCCCAAGGCGUGGACCACAGACAAGUGCAGAAAGAACUAGGAGAUGUCAUCGUCCGUCUUCAUACUCCGGUUGUCUUGACUCCCACCACUGUUCAGGUCACGUGGACGGUUGAUCGCCAGCCCCAGUUCAUUCAAGGCUACAGAGUGAUGUAUCGUCAGACUUCAGGCCUGCAGGCCACGUCUUCUUGGCAGAAUUUAGAUGCCAAGGUUCCCACUGAGCGAAGUGCUGUCUUAAUCAAUCUGAAAAAGGGGGUGACUUAUGAAAUUAAAGUUCGACCAUAUUUUAAUGAGUUCCAAGGAAUGGACAGUGAAUCUAAAACGGUUCGUACUACUGAAGAAGCACCAAGUGCUCCUCCACAGUCUGUCACUGUGUUGACAGUUGGAAGCCACAAUAGCACAAGUAUCAGUGUGUCCUGGGAUCCUCCUCCUCCCGAUCACCAGAAUGGAAUUAUCCAGGAAUACAAGAUCUGGUGUCUGGGAAAUGAAACACGAUUCCAUAUUAACAAAACUGUGGAUGCAGCCAUACGAUCUGUAAUAAUUGGUGGAUUAUACCCAGGUAUUCAAUACCGGGUCGAGGUUGCAGCUAGUACCAGUGCAGGGGUUGGAGUAAAAAGUGAGCCACAGCCGAUAAUAAUUGGGAGACGUAAUGAAGUUGUCAUUACUGAAAACAAUAACAGCAUAACUGAACAAAUCACUGAUGUUGUGAAGCAACCAGCCUUUAUAGCUGGCAUUGGUGGUGCCUGCUGGGUAAUUCUGAUGGGUUUUAGCAUCUGGUUGUAUUGGAGAAGAAAGAAGAGAAAGGGACUCAGUAAUUAUGCUGUUACAUUUCAAAGAGGUGAUGGAGGACUGAUGAGCAAUGGAAGCCGUCCAGGUCUUCUAAAUGCCGGUGAUCCCAGUUAUCCAUGGCUUGCGGAUUCAUGGCCUGCUACGAGCUUGCCAGUAAACAAUAGCAAUAGUGGCCCAAAUGAGAUUGGGAAUUUUGGCCGUGGAGAUGUGCUGCCACCGGUUCCAGGCCAAGGGGAUAAAACAGCAACGAUGCUCUCAGAUGGAGCCAUUUACAGCAGCAUCGACUUCACUACCAAAACCACAUACAACAGUUCCAGCCAAAUAACACAGGCUACCCCAUAUGCCACGACACAAAUCUUGCAUUCCAAUAGCAUCCAUGAAUUGGCUGUCGAUCUGCCGGAUCCACAGUGGAAAAGCUCAAUUCAGCAAAAAACAGAUCUGAUGGGAUUUGGUUAUUCUCUACCUGAUCAGAACAAAGGGAACAAUGGUGGGAAAGGUGGAAAAAAGAAGAAAAAUAAAAACUCUUCUAAACCACAGAAAAACAGUGGAUCGACCUGGGCCAACGUCCCUCUCCCUCCUCCCCCUGUCCAGCCCCUGCCUGGGACAGAGCUGGAACACUACGCAGUGGAACAGCAAGAAAAUGGUUAUGACAGUGAUAGCUGGUGCCCACCAUUACCAGUGCAAACAUACUUACACCAAGGUAUGGAAGAUGAACUGGAAGAAGACGAUGAUAGAGUCCCUACACCUCCCGUCCGAGGUGUGGCUUCUUCUCCUGCUAUCUCCUUUGGACAGCAGUCCACUGCGACCCUUACUCCAUCCCCACGGGAAGAGAUGCAACCCAUGCUACAGGCUCACCUGGAUGAGUUGACAAGGGCCUAUCAGUUUGAUAUAGCAAAGCAAACAUGGCACAUUCAAAGCAAUAAUCAACCUCCACAGCCCCCAGUUCCACCAUUAGGUUACGUGUCCGGAGCCAUGAUUUCUGAUUUGGAAACAGAUGUUCCAGAUGAUGAUGCCGAUGAUGAAGAGGAAGCUUUAGAAAUCCCCAGGCCCCUGAGAGCCCUGGACCAGACACCUGGAUCCAGUAUGGACAAUCUAGACAGCUCUGUGACAGGUUCAAUGGUAAAUGGAUGGGGCUCUGCAUCUGAUGAGGAUCGUAACUUUUCUAGUCAUAGAUCUAGUGUAGUUAGCUCCUCAGAUGGCUCCAUCUUUGCCAACGGCAGUUUUGCACAAGCACUGGUGGCAGCAGCAGAUAAAGCUGGUUUUAGGCUGGAUGGAACCAGCCUUACAAGAACAGGAAAAGCCUUUACCUCCUCUCAAAGACCUCGACCCACCAGCCCAUUUUCUACUGACAGUAACACCAGUGCAGCCCUGAGUCAAAGUCAGAGGCCCAGGCCCACCAAAAAACACAAGGGAGGGCGAAUGGACCAACAGCCAGCGUUGCCUCAUCGAAGGGAAGGAAUGACAGAUGAUCUUCCACCACCACCAGAUCCCCCACCAGGUCAGGGUUUAAGGCAGCAAAUAGGCCCGAGCCAGCAUGCUGGUAACGUGGAAAACUCAACAGAGAGAAAAGGAAGCUCCCUAGAGAGACAACACGCAUCCAACCUAGAAGACACAAAGAGCUCAUUGGAUUGUCCAGCUAGAACCUCCCUAGAGUGGCAGCGACAGACCCAGGAAUGGAUAAACUCCACAGAACGCCAAGAAGACAUACGGAAAGCCCCACACAAACAAGGGGUCGGACCAGAGGAAACCUUGGUACCCUACAGCAAGCCCAGCUUCCCAUCUCCAGGCGGCCACAGCUCAUCGGGAACAGCUUCUUCUAAAGGCUCCACGGGACCUAGGAAAGCUGAGGUAUUGAGGGGAGGCCACCAGCGCAAUGCCAGCGACCUUCUUGACAUAGGAUAUAUGGGCUCAAAUAGUCAAGGACAGUUUACAGGUGAAUUAUAGUAACUGAGAGGAGACAUACAAAGCUGCUCUGAAGGACCACCAGGUCCGAACUCAUGGAAGUGAUGACACUAAACAGUGCAAUGAACAAUUUAUUUAUGUACUAUUAAAAGAACUGUAAAUGCAAUGUAAAGACAUACAGCCACACAUAUCCCACAGAUAUUUUACUUGUGUUCUUCUCUUAAGUACACCACCCACCUUAACUCUUUCUUGUCAGGAGUAUAUAAAAAAGAAAGAAAACAAAACUCGCCCUCCAGGAAGAAAAGGAUUUUCCUCUGUAUAUAAUUUCUUUUGCAUUGCUAUGCAAGCUCACUCUUUUUAGCUCUGUUCAUAUAAUUGUCUGUUUUUAUUGGUCCGUUGUACUAUAUGUGAAUUAAUAGGCUGUGGUGCCAUAUAUUAACUUUUAAUUGUGUAACUUUUAUGUUUAAAUUUUGCACUGCAAUUUUAUUUGGUGAUAAGCACAAAUCUCUACUCCUCAUGACAUGAAGAAAAAAGACUGAAUGUGAAGGGAGUUCCCGUACUGUAAGCUGGGUUGGAUAACGCUGGUUGUAACCCAUCUUGGUAGAUGGUUUUCAGUUGGGGUUGUAGAAAUAGGAAGAUGCAAAGGAACAAUUGCGUUGGCAAAGUCUUCUUUGAACAUCAGGGACUGAGUCAAUAAAAAAAAAGAGCAGAAGGGUGGCUUUUACUAUUGACAAAAGCAGGGGUCAAAAGGAGGAGGUGUAAGUCUUAAGUCUGAAUAUGCACUUAGAGACACAGGUAGCAAAGAUGUACUAAACUUACUUAAAAAAAAAAGAAAUUAAAGUUUUAUUUAGAAUCAGUUUCACCUGAGAUUGUAAUUGACCCAUUUGAGAAUUAUAAGAAGCAAAAGGAAACUGAAGGGUUUCACAAGAGCUGUAUUUAUAUUGCGGUUUUUAAAGACGCAGUCUCUGAAUUAUCAUAAUUAAUCUCUCUGAUUCAUGAAGUCAGAAUAUAAUAUGAAGUUCCCCAAGGAAACUAUCAACAUGAAGUCUGAAAUAUCUAGGAAAAAAAUGUAUUAGGGCAUACUCUGGCUGAUUCCAAAUACAAACUCUGUUGCAGAAUCUUGUUUCAUCUUUCUAAUACAUGUACAGUACACACUAGAGGCUGGAGCUGCAUCAUUUAAAUUCAUUACUUUUAGAAAACAAUGCAGUCUAUAUAUACAAUUUUGUGUUUGACUUGAUUGCGAAGUAAAGUCGAUGCCACCAAAUGUAUGGCCAAAUUGUAAGUGCUUAAAAGGCAGUGCUCAGAGUAUGUUCCGUUCACAGUAAGUAGAUUUAUUGGAAUAAAUAUUUUAUGGUACAUUUUCAGAAAUUGGCUACCAGCUAAAAUACGUUUGACCCAUUUUGAAUGAGUAAAUUGAAGAGAAAAAUUCAAAAGGAGAAAAAUGCAUGUUUAUACACUUUUUAAAUAAAACCAAACCUUGUAAGUGGACAUUCAUAACAGUGUCCUGCCUCAUUUGUUUUCACGACUUUGAGAAUAAGAAGUUCCCGAACAUCAGUCACGUACGCACAAAAGAAAUGUGACUUUGAAAUAUACGCUAGCUACUGUACAUGUAUAGUCACUCGAGUAGACAAGUACCCCUGGUGACAUGGGCCCAUGUGCUCCCUCCACAAUCUGAAAUUCUAUUUCUAUCUAUACUUUCUCAUAUUUUUCCUAUAAUGUAUUCAAUAGUUGACACUUCUAAAAAUAUUCAAUGGAAUAAUCAGGAUCAGCUGUAAAACAUGGGACCCCUUUGAAUGACACACUCCAGGAAUUAUUGGCUCAGUCAUCCAUUUGUGUCAUGUUGUUAUAGCAAAGGGAUGAUAUAAUUAAAUGUUCCCAUCUAUUUUAUUCCCUGAAACUGCACCAGCACAGGCAAGUGCAGAAUGUAGCAUUCUUCAUGGGCUCCAAAACCUUCCUGGGGCCAUGUCGUUUGUUUCUUCACUGAAGAGAACGAGUUUUCCAACACAUGCUUUGUAAACCCUUUCUCAACUUUCUACCAUCAGUGCCUGAAUUUUAAUGCAGUUUGAUUUCUCCGGGAAAACGGGAGAAGGUGAAAAGUUUCUGCAAGGAAGGAAUAACAUAAUUACUCACACCUCUUAAGAUGUGAGGAUUUUAAACUUUUCUUUAUGCAGUUGUCUACUUCACCUCCUUAUAUUUAAAGACAAACACUUUUCUAAGAGAUUUUAUUCAUUUGCGUUCUCUCUGUAUGCUCCUCUAUUACUCAAUUUAUUCUUAAACUUAGGUUCAUUACACACAUCGCACAUAGCCUGUGAUCCCUGGUAACUGACUUUUGACAAUGAAGUAUGUGUGUACAGAGGACUUUUGGAAUAAUGUGAGACAUAGCAUCAUAUCUUACUGAUUGUCUUCAGUUUAAAAAAAUGAACUGUUACAGUUAGAUUCUAUCUAAGCAGACCUUGGGGUCACUUGGAAUAUUCUUUUAGAAUAGUUCAUGUUGCCUGUUCAAUCUUGUUUUAAAUAUAAAUUAGUUAAAUCAUUCACCCAAAAUAUCACCCUCAAAUUAAUAGGGGGUAAAAUAACAUGCUUUCGCUAUACAAAUUCUUUCAAAAACUCUAUAAAAAAUCAAAAAAAAACCCUCAACAACAUGCUACAUAUAAAAAGCUACUAUUGGGUAUCAGUCCGAAUCAGAAAAGAAUACAAACUUGCAUGACAGCCACCAUAGUUUUUCUCUUUGUAACUUAUUAAAUGAAUGUGAUUAAAAAUUGAUGGAGCUCACUUUUUUGCGGGUCCAAACAUAAGCCAUCGAGAAGCAAUCUGACUGGGAGAGAAUAUCAUCUUAUCCAGCAUUCAUAGGUUAUACUGCUUUGCAGUAAUGUCCAACACAAGCACAACUUCCUUCAUAACAGCAAAGCCUCCUUUGGGAAAAUAGACUCAGGUAUGCCAGUGUAUGCAGGUGGAGAUGCCAUAUGCCUCCUCCAGAUAUUUUCUAAGUGAUUUUUAAAGUAAGAUGGGAUAGUUCAAGGACAUAAAAACAAUGGAUUCCUUCACAGAAUUCAAAUCCAAUUCAAGGAAGAAUAUAGAAACCAACAAGUAAAGUACAACAUAAUCAAGGGGAGUAAAACCAUUACAAGUUUUCUGUUUUGAGUAACAAAACAGAUUUAAUGAUGUUCUGUGUCAUAGUUUAACGCUCUGGAUAUUAUUUUCAAUGGGACUUGAGUUGAAAGUUUGUAUGCGCUUUGGUAGAACACCUCCUAAUUUCUAUUCAAUAAAUUUAUGGAAUUGUCUGUUGACAGUAUAAUGAUAACAAGACCAAUGAGCUCUAAACUGUUUAGAGCUGAGGGUUUAUCUUCACCCCCAGAAAGUGACUGUACACUGGUAUUAAAAAGAUGCAGAAUCAUAACAUUCACUAAUUUGUUCAUCGACUUCUGUAUAUUGUUCAUAGAAUUACAUGACAAGAAUUGGUGUAAAGCAACAUGUCCUUCCACAUUAUCUUAGAGGUGAAAUUACUUUUGAUUUGCUUCUCAAUAAUGUGUACUUCAAAUGAAACACCAUUGUUUUUUAAAACAACAUUCAAUUUGCUAGUUUUAUUUUAGUCUCAUAAUUUCAAAAGCAUUUAUUGUGACUUGAAAGUGUUGCAAGAAAAGGGAUUUUUGUGGCCGUGGUAGACUUUUUAUACUUUGUUUUAUAGAUGGAUUUUUUUAAACUGUAGUUUGUUGAAGUCACCAAACAGCGUCCAAAAUCUUAAUGUGUUUCAUUUGAUGUUGUUAGAUCAGCAAAGAAAUUGGCAUAAAAUUGGUCGAUAGUAUUGUCAAAGAAUUGUGUAUUGUGUACUCACUGGGAAAAAAAAUAAAAUAUAUUCACAUUUCAAA